AUGAUGUUCAUUCGGUUGCAGUUGGUGCUGAUGGCGAUCGUGGCCGGAUCACGAGGAGCGAACAUUUUGUUCAUGUCUGCGGCACCUUCAACGAGCCAUUACAUUUGGCUGCGUCCAUUAAUAUACGAGUUGGGAAAACGCGGGCACAACGUUACAGUGAUCAGCGCGGAUAUUGAAAAACAACCACCCGUUAAUGUGUCCUACAUCCAUCUGGAGAACCUUUACAGUGCAACCUUUACACAGAAGAUCGAUUUCUUCAAUAUGGCAAGCCAAGGACCUAUCCCAAUGCUUCAAUUCCUACACGGUAUAGGAUUACACAUGUGCGAGGCAGCGGUCAAGUCAAAAGGGAUGCAUUUCUUGCUCAGUUACCCGAAGGAUUUCAAGUUCGAUCUGUUUGUGAACGACUAUAUGAUCGGACCAUGUCCCCCAUCGAUCAUAAUGCACCGUUUCAAGGAUGUUCCGUACCUACCGGUGUCACCGUACAACGCUCCGUCUACCGCGGCGUCAGUGUUAGGAUCGUACGCCUACUCCGGUCUAGUUCCAAAUCACGUGUACGAUGUUCCCGAAGUGAUGAGUUUUGUUCAACGUGUGAAAAACUUCUACUACGAUAUGUACGAAAUGAUACUGCACGAGGUGCACGUGCACCCCGAAGCGGAUCGGAUCUUGCGUACGAUUUAUCCGAGUGCACCGUCCACCACGACAUUCUAUAAGAACGUGCGGGUAGCGUUAGUCAACAUCAAUCCCAUUAUCCAGUACAAAGAACCCAUGAUGCCCAACAUGAUUCCCGUCGGUGGACUGCAGAUUCAACCUCCAAAACCAUUGGUAGAUGAUUUACGGAAAAUUGUGGAAGGUGCUCAGAACGGAUUUAUUCUGUUCUCGCUUGGCGGAAAUGCCAGAAGUGAUCUCUUAGGCCCCGAAAGGAUAAGAAACAUCCUUGCCGCGAUGGAGCGUUUGCCCCAGUAUCAGUUCCUCUGGAAGUUCGAGUCCGACGAUUCCAAGCUUCCGGUGCCGAUCCCGAAGAAUGUGUACAUUCGUGCUUGGAUGCCUCAGAACGAUCUGUUGGCCCAUCCGAAUAUCAAGCUCUUCAUAACGCACAGUGGACUGUUGAGUACACAGGAAGCGAUCUGGCAUGGAGUUCCCGUUAUUGGAUUUCCUAUCUUUGUAGACCAGUUUCGAAACAUCAACUACUGCGUCGAGGCAGGAAUAGCAAAGCGACUUUCUAUACACAACUUCCAGGCAAGCGAGUUAGUGAACGCCGUGAAGGACAUCUUGGAAAAUCCAAAAUAUGCGAAGAAAAUGAAACAAGUAUCUCGGUUGUUCAGGGAUCAACCGGAGACUCCGCUGGAGCGCGCGGUUUGGUGGUGCGAGUGGGUUCUUCGAAAUCCCGACGCGGACCUUCUUCAAUCACGUGCUGUGAAUUUGAGUUGGUUCCGAAAGAACUCGUACGACGUGAUAUCAUUCAUGUUAGGUGCAUUAUCUUUAUUAAUUUUGUUUGUUUGGAGAGUAGUAUCCUACACGUGGAGAUAUUUUACAUCACAGUCAAGAAAAGCAAAAAAAGAGUGAUAAUAAAAUGAAGUAGUAAUUUUUACGUUGAAUAGGAUGAAAGUGUGUAGUACUAAAUUUUUUUGUUAAAAUAACGUUUGAAGGAAUAUCAAUAUAAAUAUUGACUAUGUUAUAUGUAUGGGGGUCCGCGACAGCCGAGCGGUAGCGCCGGUUAGAAAAUUGGCCCAUGAGCGCCGAGGCUCACCACUUCGACGGCGUGGUCAGGUGGAUCGGCCCAUGAGCAACCGAGACCGGACCCUCCCCUGUACGAGAGGACUGACUACCCACGUACACAUAGGGAAAAAGUCUCGUAAGCCCUCAACGGGCAGGUUUACGCCAAAAAG